AUGGGGUUGAUUAAAAGAGUAAAUGCAUGGUCCAACGAUAGGAUCCUAGAUUAUCUAUCAGUAAAUCCUACAAGAGAUGAAAUUACACACUAUAAAGUUGAUCCAUUCAAUGAAUCUGAUGAUUCAAUUGUUAAACUUCAUACUAUGAAGAAUUUUGCAAACAUUACAUGUCUGGAUUAUUCUGAUUCUACCCCAGGUAUGGUCGGUGUAGGUGAAAAGGAUGGGUUUGCUAAGAUUGUUAAUGUGUUAACGAAUGAUACUGAACUCUCUGUAAGAGCCAAACAUCGUCGUUGUGUUAAUACAAUUUCCAUGAGUAAUUCUGGGUUAAUUGCAAUGGGUCUUGAUAGACAUAAACAGGACUCAUCUUUAAAGAUCUGGGAUGCAAAUUACCAACAAACUGGAGAACAAAUUGUUAAUACGACAUUCGAAUAUUGUGUGAAUGAGUCUAUUGUAUCGUCGAGGUUCUUAAGCGAGGUUUCUUUAAUUGCAUCCAGUACUAAAUUUCUAAAAGAAAUAGAUUUGAGAACAAAAAACCCAGUAUACCAACAUCCAACACGCCUUUCCUAUGACAUUAAACUGAAUCCAUUUAACGAUUGGCUACUUAGUACAUAUGGAGAUGAUGGGACUCUGUCCAUAUGGGAUAGGAGGAAGUUGACAAGGAGUGUAAUACCUGGGGAUUUAAGCUUAGCUUCUCCACUUUUAACAUUUGAGAAACUGGUUGGGUCAGGUGCUGCAUCAAGAAAGUACAUGAAUUCCUGCUUUAGAUGGUCUUCUAUACAGGAUGGCGAAUUUGCAACGCUACACAGAGGUGAUACAAUCAAGAGAUGGAUGUUAGGUUCAUGUCAGGAAGUAGAUGAAGAAACAGGACUGGAAUCACAAGAAUUAUUCGUUUCGAAAGUUCAUGAUAUACAAACAACAUAUGAUAGAGUUGCUACAUUUGACUAUAUUCCGAAGGGUCAACACAAGGUAAGCAUUAUCUGUAUGCGUCAUUCUGGUACGGUGUAUAGAAUGCCUGUUACACCUUCUUAUUCUACCACGGUGUUUAAUUUUGAUAACUCUUUAUUAUUAUCAAAUGCAGAGACACCAGAAAUUGAUGAAUUCCAAGUCGUUCAAACAGACUCCAACUCAACAUUAGAAAAUGUAAAGACAGAUUUAAGGAAUCUUUCUUUUGAAGACUUGGGAUUAGGUGAUGAUUAUAUACCAUUAAGUGAAGAUGAUAAAUUUUCCACUCCAACAGAUGGCGAAUUAUUACCAGGGGAGGAUAAACAAGAUUUAGCCCGAAACAUAAGGAACCGUAAUAAUUCUGCUUCCAAUGAUGAAGUAGAGACCAACUAUGAUGCUGAUGAAGAUCCCAAUAACCUUUUAGAAGAAGGUGAGGAUUAUGCCUUGUACUGGAAAGCGGAUAGAUUAUUACAAAAGGAUAUUACUGUUAUUAUGAAAAUGAGAGCGAAACUGGGCUAUGGUCUCGAUCCAAUGACUACUGUUGAAAUGAUAGACAAAUCUAAAGCAUUACAAAAUAAUGCUUACAUUAGAAACACAUGGAGGUGGAUUGCAAUUGCAAAAGCAUCAGUCGAGGAUGGGACCAUUGUUUCUGAAGAUUUAGAUUUAGGGUAUGAAGGUAUCCUUGGUAUUUGGAAUGGUGUAACCGGAAUUGCAAACCAGAAUAGGUACACAAAUGCUUCUACUUUAUCCGAGAAGCAACUAAUAAAAGAAAUGGAAAAAAUCAUCAAAUUAAGGAAAAAAUACAAGACAAGCUUGGGUCACAAGAGUCCUAUAACAAAAUUUUCUAAUUCUCAAAAAAAUAUUCAAAGAAGAUUGUGUCUAAUUAUAUCUGGUUGGGACUUAUCGCCAUCCGAUUAUGAAGAUAAAUAUAAUCUAAUCAUCGGUAACGGUCAUUACGAGAAAGCUGCUGCUUGGGCAGUAUUUUUUGGAGAUAUCCCUAAAGCAGUUGAAAUUCUAGGUUCUGCCAAUAACGAAAGGUUACAACUAAUUGCAACAGCAAUUGCUGGAUACCUUGCAUACAAAGACCAGCCUGGUAACAAUGCCUGGAGAGCACAGUGCAGAAAGAUGUCCUCCGAACUAGAAGAUCCUUAUUUACGAGUCAUAUUUGCAUUUAUCGCCGAUAACGAUUGGUGGGAUAUUCUAUACGAGCCAGCUAUCUCAUUACGUGAACGUCUAGGUGUUGCAUUAAGAUUCUUAAGCGAUGUCGAUCUUACUAGAUUCUUGGAGAGAACAUCUACCCAAGUUAUAUCAAAUGGUGAAUUAGAAGGUCUUAUCUUAACAGGUAUUACACCAACAGGUAUCAAUUUGUUACAAUCCUACGUGAACAAGACAAGUGAUGUACAGACUGCUGCGCUUAUUUCUAUAUGUGGAUCACCCAGAUAUUUCAAUGAUAUAAGAGUAGAGGCUUGGGUAGAAAGUUACAAGCAAAUGCUAAAUGCGUGGGAAUUAUUUCCUAUGAGAGCCAAGUUUGAUGUGUUAAGAACGACUCUCUCACGUACAAGUUCUGGUACAAUCACCACAAAACCAAAGCCUCGACAAUUGUAUAUCCAAUGUCCAAGUUGCAAGAUGAAUAUCAACACCCCAAAUAAUAGUGAACCUGGAAACAAUUUCAACGAUGCAGCUUCAGUAAAUUCAAAUACAAAAUUGCCAGUACAAAACAUUUUCUCUGGUUCUGGGAACUAUAACAAUCCCAAUAAGGUGCAGCACAAACAUUCAUGUCCACAUUGUGGUACUCCAUAUCCAAGAUGUGCUAUUUGUUUAAUGCCUCUCGGGACCUCGAAUUUGCCAUUCAUAAUCAAUGGUGUCUCACAUGAUGACGAAGGUGAGGAACAAUUACAAUUCCAAGAAGAAGACGGGACCGAUAUGAUGCAAUCAAUAGCAUCUCUAGGUUAUAAUCGACGUAAGAGAAGACUCCAUGAAUGGUUUAGUUUUUGCCUCACAUGCAACCAUGGUAUGCAUGCUGGCCACGCAGACGAGUGGUUUGCAAGACACAACAUUUGUCCUACUCCGGGAUGCAGUUGCAAGUGUAACACCCUCUAG